AUGUCCCCAUUUAAAGGUGUUUUGCAUAAAUAUUCUAAAACACAUGUUGCAUUUGAAUUAAGUCCAUCCGGUAAUAAGCAUGUCCUAGUAAUGAUUGGUGGCAUGACAGAUGGGUUACUAACGGUACCAUAUACCGUUAAUCUUGCAAAAGCUUUAGCACCAUUGAACUUCUCUGUGAUUCAACCUCAAUUAACAAGUAGUUUUAAAGGAUUUGGUAUUUCUUCAUUAGAUCGUGAUAUUCAAGAAUUAAAAGAAUUGACAAAAUAUUUGAAAUCUGAAGAAGGGGGUAGUAGAGAAAAAAUUAUUAUUAUGGGUCAUUCUACUGGUGCUCAAGAUGUUAUGCAUUAUCUGUUGCAUAACCCAAAACAUAUAGAUGCAGGUAUUUUGCAAGGAUCUUGCUCUGAUAGAGAAGGACUGUAUGAAACUUUUGAUAAAGAUAUGUUAGAGAAAUUAAAUAAAAAGGCUAUUGAUAUGGUACAAAAUGGUCAAAAGAAUGAUCUAUUGCCAUCCGAAUAUUCAAAAUUAAUGAUAAAUACACCAUUGACAGCUUAUAGAUGGUGCUCAUUAGUAUUAAAAGGUGGAGAUGAUGAUUAUUUUUCCAGUGAUUUACCAAUCGAAACCUUGAAAAAUAGUUUUGGUAAAGUCAAUAAACCAUUUUUAAUCGCAUAUUCUGAAGAAGAUGAAUUCGUGCCAGAAUCUGUCAACAAGUUGAAUCUGUUGAAGAAAUGGGAAAGUAUCAGUGAUUCUAAGUAUUGGUCGAAAAAUUCAGGGCUAGUUAGAGGUGCUUCACAUUUUGUUGAGAAACCUGAUUCUCAGGCUCAUUUAUUUGAAAUGGUUAUCGGUUUUAUAACAGAAUUUUCAUUAAAUAAGUAG